GAAGAAAAAAUCACAGCCGGAGGAAGUUAAAACUUCUUGUCACUUGUGGAAGAAACAAACCUGAUAAAUGAGUUGGGUUUUUUUAAAUCCCGAAGCUGUGCGUUUUAUUUGCUCUUUGUUCAAUUGACUGUUCACAGAAUGGCUGGUCUGUUCUGGAUUUGGAGGAGGCUCCCUGCUCAUGUGUUGGUCCUGUGGAUGUUCACCAACAUCUCAGACGCCGCCGUAAAUCUGAAUGUUCCGGAAACUGUUGAACUUGAAAAACACUCCACAGCAACCAUCAUCAUAACUUCCAGAUCAGCUGAACAUCAGUCAACAGUGAUUCAUCUAAAUGUAACGUACAGCUCCAAGAAGAACUAUUCAUCCAUCAUCACUCUGCCUGAACAGGUGUUCCUUCCAGAGGAGGCGACCUCAGUGAAUUUCACGGUGGCGUCACAUGAUGUUGGUCAGGUGACCACACACCUGCGCAGCAACAUUUCAGAUCUGAACAGUUUGUCUUUCAGGAUCCGGUUCACAGUGAUCCACAGCAGGGUUCUGGCAGUGGUCAGUGAUGUGAUCGGAUGGAUCUACUUUGUGGCCUGGUCCGUGUCUUUCUACCCUCAGGCGUGGGAGAACUGGAGGAGGAAAAGUGUUGUAGGUCUCAACUUCGACUUCCUGGCUCUGAACCUGACAGGAUUCAUAGCUUAUAGUGUCUUCAACAUCGGGCUGUUCUGGAUCCCGUACAUAAAGGAAGAGUUUCUGCAGAAGAGUCCGAAUGGUAUUAAUCCAGUCAGUGCUAACGAUGUUUUCUUCAGCCUCCAUGCUUUUCUGUUCUGUAUCAUCUAUGUCAUUCAGGCUGCUGCAUACGAGAGGGAUGGUCAGAAGGUCUCGUGGACUGCCAGGUUCUUGUUGCUCAUAGGCUGGACUUUUGCUUUGGUCACUUUGUUUCUUGCUGUAGCCAAACAAAUCACCUGGUUGGAUUAUCUCUACUACUUCUCCUACAUUAAACUCGCAGUCACGCUGAUCAAAUAUGUCCCACAGGCGUACAUGAACUACAGAAGACGGAGCACUGAUGGUUGGAGCAUUGGGAACGUCCUGUUAGACUUCACAGGUGGAGUCUUCAGUAUCUUACAGAUGAUCAUACAGUCCUACAACAAUGAUGAGUGGCAGCUGGUGUUCGGUGAUCCCACCAAGUUCGGGUUGGGCCUGUUCUCGGUGCUGUUUGACAUCGUCUUCAUCACUCAGCACUACUGUCUGUACCGGCAGCCGAGACGGUACGAAGCCGUCCCAGAACAAGACGACUGACUCAAAGAGCCAGACCCUUCUGAGCAGAGCUGCUGCUACGACC